UAAAAGUCAGUUUUGUUUUCUUUUUCCACCUUAGUGUAGUGCGUGUUCUACCCAGCGAGUAAUUUUCAACCGUGUGCUGUUUCAAUUUUUUUGCAGCCUUUCCGGUGAGAAACGUUUUCCGUUUGCGAACUGGUUCUCCUGUGUCCGCGACCAUAGAUACGGUAUUCGGUGGUAAAGUGGUGCCGAAAACGUCGCGAACGUACCCGACAGUGUAAUUCUGCCUGGAAUCUGCUCCUCGUGGUUUUUUUGCGUACCGACGACUAGUAAGAAGAAAAAAUAAUGUUCUCGUCCAUUCCGCGAUGGGUUCGCGUGUCCGCUGCCGUCGUCGCGGUCGGUGUCGGUUCCGAGAUAUUGUAUGAACUGUACAUCGGUUGGAAGUCGUUCUGCAGGCGUCGCCGGGCCCGUCAACUGGCGGCCGCCCAGUGGACGGAAGUGUUUUUCGCGAACGAACGAAGCAUAAAACCGAACGAACCCGGUACGACGAUGGCCAGCUUCACAACGGAACAUGUCCGGCGGUUGGUCGGGCUACUCGAUCGGGCCCGCGUAUCGAUCAAUCUGUGUAUGUACAUCGUUACGGUCGACAGUAUCGGGGAUGCGGUGCUGCGAGCCGCGAAACGCGGUGUUCAAGUACGUGUCGUCGGAUGUUCUUCGAUGGCGUACAGUUCCGGAUCGCAGAUGACCAAACUGGUACAGGGAGGAAUCCCGGUGCGCUUCAACCGGCAGAACAGUGCCUACCUGAUGCACCACAAGUUCUGUCUGAUCGACAGCGAUUGGCUGUGCGCCCGGUGCUAUCACAGUGAAAAAGUGCGCAGAAAUGGGUUCUGCUGUGGGGCUCCGGCCACACUCGGUGCGGGUCAGUGUAGUGUUCCGGUUCCGGUUUCGGUUUCCGGUACCACCAGCCCGGAUGGCAGCAGUGCCAGUGUCAGUCCGGCCCACGCGGGCAAAGUGCAGUGCAGUGAUGAUGGUUCCCGCUGUGUUCGCUGCGAUCGUUCGCAGAAGCGGGCAGUGGAUGAGCGUAAAUUGGGUGGCGAUGCGGUGGCCGAUCCGCUUCCGCUCGGCGGUAUAGUGAUCAGUGGGUCCACCAAUUGGACCAUGCAGGCCCUCUCCAGCAAUUGGGAUAAUAUGGUGCUGACGUCGCUGCCGGAACUGGUCGUUCCAUUUCAGCUGGAAUUCCAACGGCUGUGGAAGGAGUUUUCCCGGCAGCCAUCGUUGAUCACCAGUGCGGAGGUUGCUGCGGCUGCUGCCACCGCCGGGGUGGUUAGCAAUGGCGGCCAUUAGCUAGGGUAGCUGUUGGGUUAAGGGGAGGACAAAAAAGAUCGGAGGACUUGCAUUCCAAAGGACACACUGCAUUUAAACGGAUCACACAUGGAUUACAGUAAGGGCUCCGACCGAAUCGCCGAAAACGUACCUAAAGCCAUGACGGACGACAACGACGACGAAUCAACGGAUGGACCACCGAAUAAGGUUGCCAAAGGUACACUAAGUGGAAAGAAAAUAGUAAACUAAGCCGAACGAUUUUCCCGCGGAAAUGAAACCAAAUAAUCUCACUAAGUUGACUACUGAAAUGAAUUUUGUAACAUGGAUGUAACAUUUCGCUGUAAAGCUGUAAAAAUCCUCUUAAAUUUGAACCAUUGAAUAAAGUAAUUUGAAGAAUA